AUGAGUUUGAUAGAUGAUAUCAAGACUGAUGAAAGACUAGCUAAACUAAAUGCUCUUGUACUUCUUAGAUAUAAACCAAAAGGAAACGGAGUAGAGAAACCAAUACAAGAAUAUACCAAAGAGGAACUAGCUAAGUAUCUUAACACAGAGAAUGAAGUAGCAGUAGAGCUGAUAUAUGACUUAUGUCUGAAAGAAGAACCAGAUACUGAAUACCACUUGGUUGUGGGUCAAGAUGAAGAGCCUCCAACUUGGGAUGCUGAGAAUGAGAAUACAAAUGUUAUUGAUACACUAAUCAAUAAAGGUUAUGGGAAACCAACUGGUGGCUAUGGCUUGAGUGGUUUCUGUAUCUACCCAGAUAUUCCGGGUUAUGAAGCAUAUGACAAAGAUAGAUUACCAUUCGUAAUUGAUAUCAAAGCAUUCUUCAGAGUAUCUAACUUCAACUUAGCAGCAAGUCGUGUUUACUCAGUACCUGAGCUAAAAGAACAACUAACAUCUAUUGUUAAAGAGAACUUACAGAAAGCACAAGAAGCUGAAUUCUUAGCUAAGCAAGAGAUUGAAUUGAAACAACAAGAUGCAGAAAGACAAGUUGGUCUUAAACAGGCUGCUGUUGCACAAGAAGUAGCUGAGAAAGAACUGGAAGUAAAACGAGUUCGUGAAAUCCAAGCAGCUGAAAUUGAAAAACAAGCAGCAACAGUAAAAGCACAACAAGAUAAAGCAGUUAUUGAAGUUGAAGCUGAGGCUAGUAUCACUAAGACUGAGGCUGAAAAGAAAGUAGCUAUCUUGAAUGCAGAAGCAGAAAAACAAAGAGUAAUCUUGAAUGCUAAUGCUCAGAAAGAACAAAUAGAACUUGAUGCACAAGCAAGAAAGACACAAACUGAGUUGAAAGCAGAUGCAGACUUGAAAAGCAGCAACUAA